ACUGUACCUCGUUGGUUACGUUACGUUGACGACACAUUCGCCGCCGUACACAAAGACGGAACCGACGAUUUUCACGAACACCUUAACAGACAGAACGCGGACAUACAGUUCACCAAGGAGAUCGAAGAAAAUGGUAAGAUGCCUUUUCUAGACUGCUUGGUCACUCGCGACAACAACAAACUAAAAACCACUAUUUACAGAAAACCGACACAUACCAACCGAUUACUAGACCAGUCUUCGUACAACCCGACCUCUCACAAGGCCACAACUAUCCGGACUCUGACGAGACGAGCGCAACUUGUUUGCGACUCACCUGACAGCCUACAAGACGAGACUGAUUAUCUUAACAACGUUUUUAGUAAGAACAAUUACAACACGGACUUUGUUAGACGAAACACUCACAGUAACACUGAUUCCAACUCUCAGACCAACUCUGGCCCUGUUACGACGGCGACUAUACCGUACAUCAGGGGCACCUCUGAAACUAUUGCACGUAUAUUACAACCUUAUAAUAUACCUGUCGCGCACAAACCGAUAACCACUUUACGGCGACUGCUUACUUAUGUCAAGGACAAAGACAAACCGGAGGACAGGCAGGGAGCAGUCUACAAGAUCAAAUGCUGCGACUGC